CGUGAAACCGAACGAGACCAUGCUGAAGGAUGGCCAGACCGCUAUGGCCUACUACAGGAGCAUGUGGACUCCGAAGGACCUUGAGGCGGCAAAGGGCCUUUCCCAGAAGGAUGUGUUCAGCCGCUUUCCCCAAUCUGCUAUGGAGACAUUGUUCGGAAUGAUGGCCAUGCAGAAGCAGGUGGAGAUGGGGAACGCCAGGGCCCGCAAGUUUUUUGACAGCCUGGAGGUGGCUAAUAAAGAAAACGACCUCCUCGCCAUGAAGAAUACCGAGGUACUGGCUCGGCUUGACAAAACCGAGCAAGAGAGAGAUGUCCUGAAGAAGGAGAAUGAUUCCCUUCAGGAUGAGAAGGACGCCCUCCAGCUUGAGAAGAGCGUCUGGCAGACCGAGCGGGAAUCGAUUAGAGAAGAGAAGGUGAGACGGCUGUUGGGGCCGAGGAGGCGAGUCGGCACGACCAGGAUGCUGUUGGUACUGAAGCGUCUGGCUAGGGCUCCUUUGAAUUCUUCCAUUCCAUAUCUUUUUGUAAUGAUGGACAUCUCUCUUUUGUAA